GGCCCUGGCCGGGGAAGCGGUGUCAAGGAAAUCACAUCGCAACAGGAACAGGAACAUUCUAAGGGCUUCUGUUUCCUUCGCCUCCUUCAGACCCUGUUCGCAUCAGGACAUACACUCGUUGGUCUACGGCAGACGACUGUGAGUUAAGUGCAAGACUCCAUCUCGUAUUCAAGGAAUCAAACUUGAAGAUGUUACAGUAACGCCAUUUGUCCAAGUUGGUCACUAACAAUAAAGACAUCAGAAUUGUUCGCCUUGUCGCCGCAUGAAAGGAUCGAGCCGGUCUGACAUUAAUAGAGAUGCAUCCAGCAGCAAGGUCCACCAUCAAGUUUGUUGAUGAGCAUGCGAUUCAGUUCAAGAGGCCGAACCUUGGAGAAUUGGAUUCGUCGGAACAGAAUCUGCCUCAGCCGUCAAUUACACCUGCCAAACCGGAGAGUCAAGCACCGAUCGACACUGCACCAGAAAGACAUUUGGUCGGGGAUUCUACAUUGUUGAACAACAUUUUGAGAGUGCAAGCCAAGAAAUCUGCUGGCAGAAAUGAUUGAAAGGGACUAAGAAUUUCUGCACACAUUCAGGUUUUUUCCACUAUGUGGCACAGCAACCGCAUGUAAGUGGGCACAUUGGAAGACUUUUAUCCUUCAAAUACAAUCUGUAAAGAUCUCGUGCUUUAAUGUCGUGAAGACAUAAAAUACAAAAAAAAAUACUCAAGACCACGAGCAAGGCCAAUUUCAUAAAGAAGGUUUCUAA